AUGGGCAUCAUGAGCAGUCCAGAGCUGAAGAAAGAGCACAGGGCUCUGCUCAGAACAUCUGGGCUCUCACAAACCGGCUACCCCUCCAGGAAGCGGUUACAUUUUGGGCUUUCUGGUUUGACAUACCUCUCCUGUCUGUGUGUGAGAGCGCGCAGAGGAUUAGGAGCUGAGGCCCUGCGCGAGGUUUCGGAGACAGACGUGGUCACUCCUUUCUUUGUCUUUCUGUGCAGCUCUACCCCCGCCCCGUUCGCUCCCCAGUGGCCCAGUGAUGGAUUGCAGACCGCAGGGGUGAAGGUGGAGGGGUGGAGGGAGGUGCGGCUGCUGUGUUUUUGGGUGAAGUUUUUUCCGUGUGAGCGGUGGAGGUGA